UGCACAAUUGUUUGCUGUUCUAGCCGCUCUCAUCUUUCUGGGUGACCGGACACAAGCUGCUCCUAUCGAGCAUUGACUUAACCCAUCAAUCAUGAGUAUCACAAACCCCAAUCAGUUCCACGGGGAAUUUCUACCCCACAACUCCUUGACAGGAGAGAUUUACCGCCUGAAUAUUGCAUUCAUUGCCGUCACUUCCGCAUUCAUCGCAGUACGAUUGAUCGUACGGGGCUUCGUCGUCAAGCAUGUCGCUGCUGACGAUUAUCUGAUGGUGGCCGCUGGCCUGUUUGCCACCGCGUUCUCUACAAUGGCCAUCGUUGGAGUAAGAUACGGGCUCGGGAGACACGUAUGGGAUAUACCACAGAAUGCAGAAUAUGUUGAGAAGAUCAAGAAGACAAUCCAGACUCUUUGGAUAUGUCAGGUCAUGUAUGUGACGGCUCUCAUGCUGGUCAAGCUAUCCAUCGUUGUCUCCUAUCUUCGGGUCUUUCCCACCACUAUCUUCCGACGGACCAUGUACGCCCUCAGUGGAGCAAUCGCCGGUGUGUGGCUCUGUUCUAUCAUCGUCACCAUUUUCCAGUGCAAGCCAGUACGAGGGGCAUGGGACUUCACACUGCCCAGGAAUUGUCUGAGAAUCGUCGACUUCUAUUAUUUCACGACCGCCUUCUCGAUCUUCACAGAUUUCUUGCUGUGUACGUUACCGUUGCCCGUAUUCUGGAGACUCAACGUCCCCAAGAGACAGAAGUACGUGGUAUCAAUGCUCUUCGGGAUCGGAUUGUUCGCAACCGUGGCGUCAGCGCUGCGCAUCAGUGUCCUUCAAGGAGUCGAGAGCCUCGACGUCACUCAGGGAUCUGUUGCAACGAUGAAGUGGUCCGUGGUCGAGGUCGGGACGGGCAUCAUUUGCGCCUGUAUACCUUGCUUGAAGCCACUUUUCAAGAACUGGCUGCCUGACAAGACCACGAUCAACAGAUCCGGCGCCCGAGAGAAACUGAGGCCCACACACACUCCCCGCGUUAGUACACCAUACUCGGAAGCUCACGAGCUUACAAAGCCUACUGAAGGCUGGAAGACGUUCAAUCCCCCAGAACCCAGGAUUAAGGGGGAGCCUGUUGUGACUAUGCAGAAUUUUGUUUAGACGACACCUUUCACCGAGAAGGAGGGUUGAGGGCUCGGAAGGUCCUUCUGUCAUGUACAACAUUUCUAUGUAUAGACUUUUUCUCAGCGCGCAAGCGCCUGGACAUGAAGGUACGGGAAUGGAGGACCCAGGACACUAUCGCCCGGGCCCACUGUCCAGGUUUAUCAACGUUAUCUGCCAUGCCUGCACCACGAUCUCUGCUGCUGCUCAACUGCCCUGCAAUAUGCAUGGCGGAACGGGAGAUGGCAACAACAUAUAUCACGAAUUUACGCACUAGGCAGGCUGGACCUUCCAUUGUGUGAACUAC